UAACCUUUGUCUGUCAGACAAGGUUGACGCACUGUAUGACAAGGAAUGCUGGGAGUUGCAGUUCCACAAGAGCUGGAUAAUUUCCGGCUCUUUCACGGACUCAGUGGAUGAACUGUUCUCCGCGAACACAAUGGCGCCGGCCUCCCCAGCGGACAGAAGCCUUCAGCAAAGUCUGCGCCCUAGUGGCCGAGCCCAGCGUUCUGACGUCAUGAGCGGAAAUUACGAUAACAAUUUGAAGUAAGAUCCCGGGCCGGGAGCGCCGGUACGUGCAGGAGGUCGGGUGGUCACCGGGGAGACUGCAGGUGGGAGUCCGGGUCAUGAACAGUGAGAGAAUGGAGGUACAGGGUCCUGACCAUCCUGUGAGGAUACCCCGUGGUCGCAGUAACCCACUACAGAAACGUGGUUCCAGGGAUGAUCUGGAGGUGUCUGUGGCAUUUCCAGGGCUGGUGACAAGCGAGAGCUGCUGCCGAUUCACCUGUGAGCUUCUCAAACACAUCCUGCACCAGAGACACCAGCUGCCUCUGCCCUAUGAACAGCUCCUCUUCUUCUGUAAGAAGCAGCAGGACGGUGAAGAUAUUGGAAGGCGCCCCAUAAAAGCGGAAGGGUCGGAUUCUCGCCAGUGCCAGCGAUCCAUGUCAGACUUGGCUGAAUUGCUAUCCCAGCUGGAGACGUUCUUCACCCUCACUGCCGUGCCGCGGGUUCUGCUGCUACUGGGGGGCACUUCGGUGAACCCAAAAGAGCUUUAUGUGAUUGACAUGGAAGGUUUACAGCUGGGUAACGGUGAUCAGAGCCUGAGUACUCGGCCCUGUCUGCGCCAGCUUUUCCAUGACCUAUUCUUAGCCGACCCAUUCAGUGAUCUGCGCUCUUCUCCUCUCAUGAGCCUGGUGGUAAUGGUACAGGGUCACAGAAACUGUGGUGCAGACUGGUUCCGACCCAAAAUCAGCUACAAAGUGCCAACCCGGGGCCACGCGCUGACCAUCAGACUAUCCUGCACCAAACCACAAGCCGCCACCUACAGCAAUGAGGACUAUAUCUGGUACCAGGCUCCCAUCAUACUGAAAGGGUUUCAGAACUGAGCACACUUACCGUCAGAAGCCCAUUCGCUUAUACCAAAAAUAUGUUUGGGGGGAGCAGAUUCUGAACAGCUUCUCCUUUAGUGCGAGCGGCCGGACGAUCAGGACACUACGUUUCCACUCAGCGGAUCCUAUAAUGCACCUUUAACAUUAUAUGACGUGCAAUGCUGUCACUUGCUGCUUCUGUUAUUCUGUAAAUGACUCUGAAUUAGGGAGGUAUACAUGUGUCACUGCCUUAUCAGACACAGGGAAUGCAUAGGGGUAAUUAAUACCAGCUAUAGGGUGCCGCCGUCACAAUCAUGGUCCGUGGUGACAAUCCAGCUGCUAGUGACAUAGUUUGCACGCGUUUGUACUCCGAUAUGAAAGGGGCAGUUUUAACUUGUUUGAAAACCAUGUUCUGCCGGAGGAGGGGGGGUGUUACAUGCAGACGCAGGCAAAUUUCCCAGUAUUCAAUGGCAAAUUGCGUUACUACCACUUUCAUCAUGGUUUGUUCAAAUGCACAUUCAACUUGUCAGCAGGGUUCUCUUCAAACUGUGGGACAGAUGUAUUAACCUGGAGAAGGCAUAAGGAAGGGAUAGACCGGUGAUAAAUGCAAGGUGAUAAACACACCAGCCAAUCAGCUCCCAUAUGUAAAUUAACAGUUAGGAGCUGAUUGGCUGGUGCAUUUUCACCUUGCACUUAACACUGGUUUAUCACUUCCUUAUGCCUUCUCCAGGUUAAUACAUCUGCCCCUGUAAAAGAUGCCCUCUCUACCUCGCACCACUCGUGGAUACUAAUUGCUGCUGAUGUGACGCGUAACGCUCCUUUCCCGUUUCUUUAUAUAUAUUUCCUCUUGCCCAGGGAGCCAUAACCCCUCUGUGUGAUAGAGAUCAUUCUGUCUGGCUGAACGAAGGAUGUUAGUAACUACAGAAAUGCAGAAUAUAUGCGGAGUGAUCAUAUAAUUAUCAUGUAUUUUAUUGUUUGCAACAAGCCACACACUUGAGGCCCAGACGUCCUCCAUACCAUUAUUACCUGUGGGACCUUGUGUCUGGGCUGAUGCCCCAGCAGAGAACUUCUCUGACUGUAGUUGUAGGAGUACCCACAUCUACCAACACACCAGCACCAGCCGGAUACCUCAUGGGCCUAAUUCAGAUCUGAUCGCAGCAGCAAAUUUGUUAGCUAAUGGGCAAUACCAUGCUGCACUGCAGGUGGGGCAGAUGUAACAUGUGCAGAGAGAGUUAGAUUUGGGUGGGGUGUGUUCAAACUGAAAUCUAAAUUGCAGUGUAAAAAUAAAGCAGACAGUAUUUUCCCUGCGCAGAAACAAAAUAACCCACCCAAAUCUAACUCUCUCUGCACAUCUUAUAUCUGGCCCCUCCACCUGCAGUGCGCAUGGUUUUGCACAUUAGCUAAUAAAUUUGCUGCUGCGAUCAGGUCUGAAUUAGGCCCCUUUUACCUGGGCUGGUGCGAUAGUGUGUUAUGUUUCCAUUCUGCACCCGAGUCCCCUGCAUGAUGCCAUCACCCCGCUCUGUGCAUAAUCUCUACAAUCGUCCCAAGAGCUGAACCUUUAUGUGAUCUUUCCACUUUUUAAUGUUAAUUAUGAAAGAAACCUGACGUGGAGACUUGAUGUAGUAAAUGCUGUUUCUGUGCUGCAGGAUGCUUGAGGACGGACCUUCCACGCGUCUUUGUGCCACUUAUGUUUACAAGAGGAUUAAGACCUUAAUACAUCAUAUAUAAAUAUAUUUUUAUACAUAUUUCUGACUUUUAAUCACGCUAUUACAGAUAAUUUAUUUGACUUGUAUACCGGUGCUUUCGUUGUGUUGGACUGUACGUUUUGUAUGACUGAGACGAUUCUUACCCUGCACGUCCCAUUUUUAGUUUUCUGCGACAACUGAAUCCUGCUUUUAUCUAGAAACAGUUGUGAUUUGUGAUCCGCGUUUAGUUUCUGAUUCUAAUCAUUUAUUGUGUCUAAAUAAAGACCAAUGCUUUCCCAUUGCUGGAAUUAGGUUAUUAAAUGAAAGAUCUUUUA